GUUACUUCGCGUCCAGGUUGGGAGUCAGCAGCAGCAGCAGCAGCAGCAGCAGCAGCAGAAACCAGCUCCUUCAACCCCACCACGGCGCUGUGUGCAGUUUCUAUGCGGAUAAGCAGGACUUGAGCCGCGGGCACAGGGAUGUACGGGAGCGAGGUGAAGAAGUGUGCGCUCUGAACAAGGGGAGAAUAUAGAUAGACGCGCUCUCUUGUUCCAACCUCGGCCGUGCGCCUUUGGGCUCCUGGAGAUGCUCUAGCCGUCUCCGUACCGGGAUAUACGCUGAACGGCAAGCAGACGCGACCCGCACGAGGAGGAGUCUUUCUGUUUUGCCACAGUUUUUUUUUUUCUGGACACAUCUCUGGCACGGAUUGCACGCACGCGGAACCACCAUGGGGGACUCGACGUGGAGAUAUUACCUUGGAGUUUUGUUUAUUGCCUUCAAAUUGGACUUGUCCCGGGCGCUCAUCCUCGAGUCCAUAUACUGGAACACAACAAACACCAAAUUCAUCCCAGGCCAGGGCGUGGUAUUGUACCCUCAAAUCGGGGAUAAGUUGGACAUUGUUUGCCCGCGGGUGGAUGGCGGGAUUGGCGAAGGCGUGGAGUAUUACAAAGUGUACAUGGUGCCAAGGGACCAACUGGAAAGCUGCACCAUCACAAAAGCCGACACGCCCCUCCUGAACUGUGUCAAGCCCGACCAGGACGUCAAAUUCACCCUCAAAUUUCAGGAGUUCAGUCCCAACUUGUGGGGGCUGGAGUUCUUCAGAGGGAAAGACUACUAUAUCAUCUCUACAUCUAACGGCACCAUGGAGGGCAUCGACAACCAGGACGGCGGCGUUUGCAAGACCAAGUCCAUGAAGAUCGUCAUGAAAGUGGGGCAAAGUCCCUCAGACCCAAUUUCACCCAAAGACAACCCCACCAGAGUACCGUACCCACCCAAGACGGACGGCAAGACUUCCCAUAAAAACACCAACGACGUGCUGGAGAAGCCAGAUUCCGCACCGCAUGAGAGUGACGUGGAGACAGGCGGCAAAUCGUCCGGCACCAUGGGCUCGGAGGUGGCCAUCGUGGUCAGCAUCGCCUCGGGCAGCGUCAUCUUCAUCAUCAUCAUCAUCAUGCUGGUCCUGCUGCUGCUCAAGUACCGGCGGCGGCACCGGAAGCACUCGCCGCAGCACGGCACCACCGUCUCCCUCAGCAACCUGCCCACGCCCAAACGCGGCGGCGGCAACAACAACGGCUCGGAGCCCAGCGACAUCAUCAUACCGCUCAGGACUGCCGAUAGCGUGUUCUGCCCGCACUACGAGAAGGUCAGCGGGGAUUACGGGCAUCCGGUCUACAUAGUCCAAGAGAUGCCCCCGCAGAGCCCAGCGAACAUCUACUACAAAGUCUGAAGCGAGAACUCGAAACGGGGGAAAAAAAGAAAAGCUUCAGUCGACUCCUCCUCCUCCUCUCCUCCUGAUGUUUCUCUUCUUCUCGUCAAAAUUUGGUCUCGGCGAGGUCCGAAAAGGCGGUCGCUGAGGCCGCCUCCGACGCUGCUCUGUAGGGCUUUUGGGAAUUGCAGGACAGGGAUUGAUGUUCUUUUCCCAUACCGCGAGCCCGUUUUUGGUUUUAGUGCGCCGCGGCUGCCGAUUUUGGAGGAGCUUUAUCAGGAAGUGGCGUAGAUGGACACACGGAACGGGAUUUUUAUAGAAUGUUUGGAACGUUUUCGGAGAGACUACUGUUUGGAAAAGGGACUCAAAACGGAUCGAGGAGGAGGUUGGCAAAAAAAAAAAAACAGGAGGAUGGACCGCCCUCCUUACUUUCGAAAAAGCCCACUAGCCAGAGACUUUGUGGAUUUUUCUCGCUAAAAACGGAGGAGAGGAGAACCCCACGCACCCCAUCCUCUCUGGGACUUUCCUUACUGACUCACCCAUUCACUUCGCCCACCCAUUCGCUCACCUUAAAAACUCAUAAACAGCAUCUCAACGUGGAGUUCACCGUCUCAUUCCCACGCAUCUGUUCCCAAAAGUUACUUGAAAGUUCAUGGACUUUGAGAACCCUCUCUUUUGUACUUUCUAGCAGCAGGAUUUUACUAAUUUUGUCGUUUGUUUUUUUUCCUCUUUCCAUAUUCCACGGUAGUUCAACUUUUUGAUUUUGUUUUCCUUUAUGUCAUAUCAUUAAGAAAACUACAAAUGACCCAACAGUGGCUAGGACGAGGGGACGAGGCGGAGGAAGAAAGCAGGUCAGGGUCGGCCCAGGCGGUUUCGAGGACGAGUCGGGGGUUAGAACUAAACAUAGAGCAGCACUUUGAAUCCCUUUUUCGGUACCCCCACUCUCUACGGAAAGCCGGCUGGGUCAAACUCCCCGACGGGGCGACGUUCUGGGACAAAAAGUCAUUUCGCCUUACUGAGGAGUACCAACGCAUGUAAAAUAAAUAAAAUAAAAACACUGUAUUAUGUAACAGCUCCACAUUGUAACUAAUGUUUACUCUAUUGUGUAAAGACACCCAGAUUUUGAAAUGAUCUGCGGAUAAAUUUUGUAAUAAUUUGUAUUUUGACGUUUUUUCACAUUUUUAAAUAAAUUAUUGCUAUUUUAAGUCAAUGCUCGAAACUAUGUCCUGGAGUCGCACUUUUUAUUACCGUAUUUUCCGGACUAUAAGUCGCAUCAGCCAAAAAAUGCGCAAUGAAGAGGGAAAAAAACAUAUAUAAGUCGCACUUUUUGGGGAAAUGCAUUUUGUAAAAUCAGAGACCAGGAACCAACAUUUUAUCUGGAAAGGCAAGUUAUAGUAAAAACAAUAGAACAGAGAACAACAGGCUGAAUAGACGUUAAAAUGUUAAUGUAAAAUAUGAACAGUUCUUCAGAUAAUUAUAGCAUAAACAACAGAACAUAAGUUUACCAAACUCACGAUCUCACUCCAAAUCACUAAAUCCAAUGAAUUCUUGAUCCUCGGUGUCACUUCUGCGCGACCUCUGUAGAUGAAUCAUAGAUCCAAACAAAGUGCCACUUCCUCUUCUGUGUCACUGAAGUUCAGGCUUUGUCCAUCCAUCCAGUGACUUCCAGGAAAGUUGCGUAAAACUGUGUUCUCCAUCCCCGCUUCCAGUCAGUCCCUCACAAGUUUCUCGCUCACUCCAAACUUUCUUUCUGCUGCUCGAUUACCGUUUUCGGCUGAAUAUUUCACCAUUUGCAGCAGGACAGCGGCUUUUUCUACAGGAGACAUGCGCAGUAGAGCGAAGUGACAGUAGUACAGGAGCACAAUACAGAGCACCCUCUCGCGGCUGUCAGUCAGAAAAAUUUUAAUAUAUAAGUCACACCGGAGUAUAAGUCGCAGGAAACACCCAAACCAUGAAAAAAGUGCGACUUCUUGUCCGAAAAAUACGGUAAUUUCACAAUGCUAGUUUUACCACGAUCAAAUCAACAUUUUGGUGUAGACUAUUAACUCUGUUUUUAAAUUAUUUGUUGGUAGAUAAUCAAAUACUAGCUUUGAAAUUAAAUUAUUAAAAAAAAAGACAAUAAAAAUGUAUAAGAACUUGCAAUUAUAGACGCAUUAUCGUAAAAAUAUAUUGUAAAAUGUUGCCUUAUUGAGUUUUCCUAGAGCUUCAAAAACUAUUCUAUCUUGAGUUUCCAAAUUAAUCUGUAACAUUUAUUAAUUUAGCUUGCUUUCUACAGCUUUUUAUUGUUCUAAUCUUAUUUUGACACAUUAGAUUUUCAAUCAGCACAGAUUAGAUCAACAUGUGGGUGUUUUUAAACCAAUGGAGUAAUUUUAUAGUUUUGAAGUUACAGUGAUACAGUGUGGAUUCAUGAAGUUUUGCUCAUGCACUCUCUUGUGAUGAAGCGAUGAAGAACCAGCCGAGGUACUGCUCCCCACACGGGAUGAAAAAAGGGCUCCCGGGGGCCCCUCACACUGGUGUCCUCCUGCUCUGUAAGAAAUAAGCACAGGGACAUGUCACCGCCCGCACCGCACCCCUCACCGUUUCUCCAUUUGUGACUUUUACGUUUUUAUAGUUGUACAUUUAAAACAUUACAAAGAUGAAAAAAAAAAUACUAAAAAACAAGCAGAUUCUAUUUAUGAUAGACACAUAGAGCACAGGCAGCGUGGAGGAGGAAAUAAGGAUAUUAUAUUAUAAGUGCACAUUAUGCAAACUUGGACGAUUUGAUCUCUUCACCACUGAGCCCUCUGAAGUAGUCGGGACUCUUUUCUUGGGGCAGGGUCGCUCCCACUCAGUGUAGCAUCUCCCAAAGGAUUUCCCAUCAUGCCCCUCUCCUCAUCCUCACUCAUAUGUGCAUGUCUCCGCCCCCAUCGUUUCGGCUUGGGUCCCUGCACCGCGCCCCGAGCAGAAAUCGCCUACUCAUAGAUCUACUUCAUAAAGAGCAUCACCGAAAAGCCAAGCCUUGUAUGAUCUGAGGUUUGUGCCUCUAAGAGGUUACAAAAUCUGCAAAUAUGCAAUUCUUAUUUAUUUUUGUAAUCAAUUCUAAGAAAAAAACACCUAUGGAAAAGUGUUCUUAACCACUGAAAGAUGUAACAACUUCACACAGCUAGCAAAGAACGCCACAGUCUUGUCGUUUUAUUUAACUCUUUUCUUGGUUUUGGUUUCUGUACUUCUGUUGGGAAAACGUGCCGUAGUUCAAACUGUGAAAAAGUGAACAGGUUUUGAAAAGGUAAAAAACAAAAUGGCUGUUUAGUUGCUGCGGCAGAAUAUGACAAUCUUAUUAGUUUCUUUGAAUCUGGCGUCCUUUUCUUAGCCGCUGGUCAGCUCGCCCCGCGACGCCGACAGCUGUACGACGGUGGACGCAGCGAAACGUUUAGACGAAGCUGCACGUUUUGAGUCGAAGCUGCAUGAUUUUAUUUUUUUGAGUGUAAAUCACGUUGGAGGUGAAUUCCGCAUCAGACGCUACAUCCCCAUCAACAAAUCUGCAUGCGGUUACGACAAAAACGACCUCUGGCUUGAAAAUCGAAGCGAAAUUUUAAAGCGACUGGUUCGCGAUGGCAGCCGAGAAUCUUUUAACGUAACCUGGACCAUAAAACGUCACCAAGAUAAGAUAAACGUGUGACUUUUGGCUUCACUUUCCGCUGCGUCCACCGACUUUUAGAGUGCGGCGUGCGGGUGUAAUCUCGGCGCUAGGAGAAGCACCCCAGGCCUCGGUAAAAUGCCUUGUUCGUAUGGUCAGCCCUCGUCACUUGACUCAGUAAUUUUGCACCGUACUUCUGUAGGUAAGAGACUGUAAAUACAUUAAUGUUUGUAUUGUAUAUGGAUCCUGGGUUGUUACAAUAGCCUUAUUCACCUUUUUAGGAAAGCUGAACAAAAAAAUCUGAAAAAUGGAGUACUACACUUCAAAGCAGAGCAUAAACUACUUUUUUGGUAAAUAGCUUAUGUAAAUAUUGACCAGAACCCAAUAAAACAUUUUUAUAAACUCUUAAAGGUAAGAUGUUUUGUAUAAAUUUGAAUUUUUUGCUAUGUAUUUUAGCUAGCGCUCGAUGGAAAGCUUGUGUCCUCCCACGCCCCCUUCCUUUUGCACUGUUUCCAUGGUAAUUUGGUUUAAAAAAUGGAGAGAAAAGUUGCCAAGCCGACUGCUGCAUAUUUGUGCCAUAAGUGUGUACCAUAAAUAUUUAUUAAAUUAGUUUCUUUUUGUUUGUUAUAUUCAUUAUUUUAAUUUCAGUCCAGUUUGUAAGUAACACAGUAUUAUAAUUGCAUUGUUUGUCCAUUUGGGUUUUUCUUUUUUUCUGAUUGGUCCGCUCUGGUUGCCGGGUGACUGUAGCCCCGCCCCUUCACUCAUCCCUCCGCUGUACACCAUGAACAUGGUUUGGUCAUUCAGCUCGUUUCAACUAAAGUGACACA